CUCCGCAGGUCAAGCUCACCAGCUCCACCUCCGAACCGAAGCUACGGGCGCCGCCGCCGCCGGCAGCGGGAGCGGAGAUGUCGUCGGGCCUAAUAGCGGAGGACGUCGCCGUGAAGCGGAUGGUCCGGAUCCGGCGGACGGUGAUGUGUAUGCUGCGUGACCGCGGCUACCUGGUGGUGGAGCACGAGCUGUCCAUGAACCGCCGCGACUUCGAGCGCAAGUACGGCGAGUCCUUCCACCGCGAGGACAUGCUCAUCAACAAGUGCAAGAAGAAUGACCCCAACGACCAGAUAUACGUUUUCUUCCCGAACGAUGAGAAGGUGGGGAUGAAGCACAUCAAGAAGUAUGUCGAAAUGAUGAACGCUGAGAAAGUCUCCAGGGCUCUGCUGAUCGUUCAGCAGAACCUCACCCCAUUUGCAAAAAACUUCAUCAUUCAAGAACUAGAGCCAAAGAUCCACUUGGAGGUUUUUCAGGAUGCCGAAAUGCUUAUAAAUAUCAAGGAACAUGUUCUUAUUCCGGAGCACCAGGUGCUUACUAAUGAGGAAAAGAAGACAUUAUUGGCGCGCUACACUUUAAAGGAAACUCAGCUACCAAGAAUACAAAUGACCGAUCCCAUUGCGAGGUACUACGGCCUCAAACGAGGACAGGUAGUUAAGAUCAUCAGGCCCAGCGAGACAGCAGGACGAUACGUCACAUAUCGCUAUGUCGUAUGACAAAGUACCCAAGCGGAGAAGGAAGGAACCGUAAACAUGGCGAUUUUUGCAGUUAUACACAUGACAUACACAUACCCAUUUGCUUGAAGAAAACCGGUAUUGCUUCAGACACGACAUUCUUAAGGAUCGCGUGGCUGUUAUGUAAGUGGAUUCUUAAUAAGUUGGGUGUAUGGAGCAUACAUAAAAUCCCUCGUGUUGUACAAUUUGUUUCGAGAACUGUAUACAACAUACAGAAUAGAAGCACAUGUAUUGAGAGCAAUAAAAGGCUCUCCGGUUCUGCUUGUUACAUCAUUUGGACGAAUCAAUGGUAUCAAUCUAUGUAUGCUAUGGUUCCGAAGCA